GAGGGGUCCGAUCACUACAUCUGAUAGGAAACUCUCCCGGAUUGUUUCAUAUCUGGAAAUGUUCAUCGCCCCGUACAGACCAGAGAGAUGGCCCUUCUUCAUCAGACGGACAUGGCUGUCAGGACUCUGCUGAGCCAGUGAGGAAAAAGAGAUUGAGGGACAAUCCAGAUUACCAUUAUGGAUCCAGACCAAGGGGGCUUUUAUCACAACUAUCUUCUUCAGGAAGACAUCCAUAACAAGGAGGAAAUCAGUCAGGAAGAGAACAUGAAGGAAGGGUUCAGGAAUAGUAAGCAUAAGAAAGAGAACGCUAAUAUUAAAACCUUUAGUCAAGAAGAGAAUAUCCAGCAAGAUGAAGAGAACACCUGUGAGACAAAUGGCAUUAACCAAGAGGAUACGAAUAUCAAGCAAGAAGCCCCCCAUCAUGAAAACAUCAGCCUAGAGGAGGAGAACUUCAAUCGAGAGGAGCGCACUGAUGAUGAAGAAGAGAACAUCAAACAAGAAGAGCAGCUCAAAAAUAUUGGGAAAAUUACGAAUCAAGAAAAGGAGGUCAGCGAUAAAGAGGAGGUGAUUAUCAUUCAAGAAGAGGAGCUAAACAAUAAAGAAGAGGAGAUCAUCAGUCAAGAAGAGGAGGUUAAUAAUAAAGAGGAGAAGAUCAUCAGUCAAAAAGAGGAGAUUAAUAGUAAAGUGGAGAAGAUCAUCAGUCAAGAAGAUGAGGUUAAUAAUAAAUCGAAAGAGAUCAUUAAUCAAAAAGAGGAGGUUAAUAAUAAAGAGGAAAAGAUCAUUAAUCAAGAAGGAAAGGUCAACAAUAAAGAGGAGAUCAUCAGUCAAGAAGAGAGGGACUAUAAAGAGGAGGAGCUCAUUAAUGAAGAAGAGGAGGUCAACAAUAAAGAGGAGAAUAUCAUCAAUCAAGAAAUAAUGGUCCACAAUAAAGAGGAGGAGAUCAUCAGACAAGAAGAGGAGGUUACUAAUAAAGAAGAGGAGAUCAUCAGACAAGAAGAGGAGAUUAAUAAUAAAGCGGAAAAGAUUAUCAGUCAAAAAGAGGAGGUUAAUAGUAAAGAGGAGGAGAUCAUCAGUCAAAAAGAGGAGGUUAAUAAUAAAGAGGAGAAGAUCAUCAGACAAGAAAAGGAAGUUAAUAAUAGAGCGGAAGAGAUCAUUAAUCAAGAAGAGGAGAUUAAUAAUAAAGUGGAAAAGAUAAUCAGUCAAGAAGAGGAGGUUACUAAUAAAGAAGAGGAGAUCAUCAGACAAGAAGAGGAGAUUACUAAUAAAGAGGAGAAGAUCAUCAUACAAGAAGAGGAGGUUACUAAUAAAGAAGAGGAGAUCAUCAGACAAGAAGAGGAGAUUACUAAUAAAGAGGAGAAGAUCAUCAGACAAGAAGAGGAGGUUACUAAUAAAGAGGAGAAGAUCAUCAGACAAGAAGAGGAGGUUACUAAUAAAGAAGAGGAGAUCAUCAGACAAGAAGAGGAGGUUAAUAAUAAAGAGGAGGAGAUCAUCAAUCAAGAGGAUGGGGUUAACUAUAAAGAGGUGGAGCUCAUGAAUGAAGAAGAGGUCAACAACAAAGAGGAAAAGAUCAUCAAUCAAAAAAUAAAGGUCAACAAUAAAGAGGAGGAGCUUGUCAAUCAAGAGGAGAUUAAGAAUAAAGAGAACAAGAUCAUUAUUCAAAAAGAGGAGGUCAACAAAAUAGAAGAAGAGAUCAUCAAUAAAGAAACAAGGGUUAACGAAGAGGAGAUAAUCAAUCAAGAAAAAAGGGUUGAAAAUAAGGAGGAAGAUAUUAUAAAUCAGGAAAAGGAAGUCGACAUCAAAGAGGAGAUAAACAUCUAUCAAGAAAAUGUGGUUAACAAUAAAGAGAAUGAGAUUAUGAAAGAAGAGGAGCUCAAUAAUAGGGAGAAGAACACUGUUCAAGAGGAGGAGAUCAUUAAUAAGGAUGAGGGAAAUGUCGAUCUAGAGGAAAAUAUAAUCAGUUAUGAGAAAGAAAAUAGUCAACAGAACCUCAGCCAUGAGAGGGAGAUCAAUGAUGAAGAGAAGAUCAAUCAUGAUGAAGAAAUCACCACUCAUGAAGGAAAGGAAAUCACCAGUCUAGAAGAGGAGAGCAUAAGUCAAGAGGGUGAGAAAUUUACCAACAAAGGAAAUGCAAAUCAAGAGACAGAAAACCUCCACCAAGAGAACAUUAAUCAAGAGAAGAAAAUCAUCUAUAAUAAGGAGGAGGGCAUUAACGAAUGCAAUGCAAAGCCAUCAAACCUCAAUCAGGAGAGCAUUUUUGCAGAGCAGGAGAAGAUCAACCAUGAACAGCUCACAAUCAGUCAUGAGACAGAGAAAAAAAUAGGUCAACAGAACAUAAAGCAAGAGGAGGAGAACAUAAUUGAAGUAGAGGAGAACAUCAGACAUGAGGAGGAGGUAGCCAAUAAGGAAGAAAGCAUUAGUAAAGAAGAUGACCUUUCAGAUGAAGUUGAUAACAUCAUUCAAGAGAACAUAAAGAACAAGACACAGAGCCUCAGUCAAGAAAAUGGGGACUUCAAUAAAGACCAGAGCAGCCAAGAAGAUGAAAGUACCAGUAUACAAAAUGGGAAUGCCAAUAAAGAGGACGCCAAGCCAGAGGAAGCCACACCUCAAGAGAAAGGGGACACCACUCAAGAGAAGGAGAACAUCAAUGAGGAAGAGAGAACCAGUCAAGAAAAGGAGAGCAGCAGGCAAGAAACAGAAAACAUUAAAGAGGGAGAAAAUACCAGACAAGAGGAGGGGAACAUUAGUAAAGAAACCCUCAAUCAAGAAGAGGAAAAGAUCAACCAAGAGAAGGUGGAACAAAUCAGUGAAGAGAAAGUGGAUACACUAAAAGAAGCAAUAAUAGAAAACAUGCAAAAUGCCGUUAUUCCAGCAUCAGAAUCUAUCUCUAAAGACUUUCUCGGCCAUCAUCAGGAGAACAAUUUGGACAUUUCCGAAUCAUCAGAUCUAGAAGAAUAUUUCUGGGGCUCUAAAAUAAAACAUUUUGAUGACAAACUGAGGGAAUUAAAUCUGGUGAAGUACCGGACAUCAAAGCUCAGUCUUAUGGAAGUUCUGAAGAUUGGUCAAGAAAAUCUUAAGAACACUGUCCCCCAGAGGAUGGAGGACAUACCCUGGCGAUUCCUACAGAGCCUCAUGUCCUUAAACAGUACAGCAAGAAACACGCGGCUUAAUCAUUCACUGUAUACAAGACAAAACACAAUGCAAGAUGAAGAAUUGGAUUUUAUGGAAGAUAUAGACAUGUCAACUUCCAUUCAUCCUCUGGAUGUUCUUUGUCUUCUUCUGAAUAGUUCAGAUAGUUUUCUGCAACAAGAGAUUGUGACUAAAAUGUCCAUGUGCCAGUUUGCACUUCCUUUUCUGCUUCCUGCCGGGGAAGGGUUUCAUAUAACUUUCAUGCUGUGGGCAAUGAGGGACAUUGUGAAAAGAUGGCGACCUCAAUCAUUAGCAAACAUUAAAGGAUGCAAGGAAGACAACUUGGUCAAUAUACCCAUGCCUGUUUUCUCAUUUGCUAGACUGGGAAGGUGUAAUCUUUCAAAAUCCAGAAUUCUAAAUCAAAUCCUAAGUCCAGUCCAACAACAUCAUGAUAUUUUUGUCCAUCAGAACAUGGAAGGGGCAAAUAUGGCAAGGGAAGUCUCUGAUGGUUUGGUGGAAAUCUCCUGGUUCUUUCCCGGAGGAAGUGAACUCUUAGACCUGUUUCCGGAACCAGUCGCGGUGACAAAUCUCCGGGGUGAUCUAGAAUCUAACUGGACUCAAUUCAACUUUCUAACAAAAGUAUCCUCAGCUGUAUUCAUAUUUAUUGAGACUAUGGAUGAUCAAAGCUAUAGCAUUCUAUCCAACAUUGAAGAAUCAAACACAAACUACUUCAUAAUCCUUGCUCCUUCUUCAAGAUGUAUAAGCGUAGAGACCCAGAACCACAUAAAGAUGUUAUACCCCAUCUUGAAAAUCAACAGAAAAAAUGUUCUGGUGAAGAACAACUCCAUUAACGAUGCAGAACUGGUGAAGAAACUGCAGCUGAUUAUCUCAGAUUUAAUUAAAUCUUCCCCUUAUUACAUCGCCCUGGAGGAGAUGUCUCACAUAGCCGCAGAUCUAGGCAUAUGCAUUGACGAGGGUUCAGAAGAACAACAAAAUACAAGGACACUUGCGCUGGAAAUUACCAAGAAUGUGAAAGAUGUUGUGCAGUACAAGAAUGAGACAAUGGUACUACAAGGAGAAUAUUGGAAACAGUUGGCCAGAAUCGAAAAGGAAAUGUGUCGAAUGAAAGGACUGGGUAGUGAGAAAGCAGAGGAUUACAGAGCCAAGCUAAUAAAGAAGUGUGCCGGCCUAAGGAGGAAACAAAGCGAGUGCAGUAUGCCUGAUGGAAUACUCACAUUUAUAGCUGCACUCAACAACCUGCCACGUAUUGAGAAACAUUAUUUUUUGAAGUGGAUGAAACUCUACCUCGAUUCAGUCACUAGAAAUCAUCUUUCAGCACUCCAAGCUGAGUACAAGGAGCAGUACUUUAAAGUUAACCCCAACGUAGAAAGACUGAAGGAACUAGAUCAAAUCAUGAUGAACAGCUCACUAGGAGUAGAACAUUUCAUUCGAGAAGUUGGCCAGUUUUAUGAAGCGGAGCACUUCCUCGCAGAUGGAUGUACAAAUAAUCAAGAGCUUCAUAAGCUACCAAGUAUUGCUGCUGAUCUAUUGUUGGAUGGGUUCCCAUUGGAGCUAAUUGAUGGAGAUGCCUCAAACAUCCCCAUGCAGUGGAUAACUGAUGUCCUGACAGAGUUGGACGCCAAGACAGGGGGACAAUGCAGAAUUAAAGUGAUAACUGUACUGGGAGUUCAAAGUACUGGGAAAUCCACCCUUCUCAACACCAUGUUUGGUCUGCAGUUUCCAGUGGCCAGUGGGCGGUGUACACGAGGGGCCUUCAUGACUCUCCUAAAAGUGAAAAACAACUUAGUGGAUGACCUUGGGUGUGAAUUAAUUCUUGUAAUUGACACAGAGGGUCUGAAAGCUCCUGAGUUGGCUUCUGUUGAAGACAGUUAUGAGCACGACAACGAGUUAGCAACCUUUGUGGUUGGGUUGAGCGACAUUACUAUAAUUAACAUGGCCAUGGAAAAUACUGCAGAAAUUAAAGAUAUUUUGCAGAUAGUGGUCCAUGCAUUUCUGAGGAUGAAAGAAAUAGGUAAGAAGCCCAACUGCCAGUUUGUUCAUCAAAAUGUUAGCGAUGUGUCUGCUCAUGACAAGAACAUGAGAGACAGGCAGAAACUCCUGGAACAGUUAGAUGAAAUGACCAAAGUAGCUUCUAGAAUGGAAGAAAAAAGUAACAUGGCCAAGUUUUCAGAUGUCAUGGACUACGAUAUUGAGAAGCACAGCUGGUAUAUUCCAGGAUUUUGGCACGGAGUUCCACCAAUGGCUUCAGUAAAUACUGGGUACAGUGAAAAAAUGUUUGAACUAAAGAGGCAACUAUUUGAAACCAUGAAAAGGCAGCUAGAGUCCAGAAGUCCUCAGAGUAUAUCUGAUUUUAUCAAAUGGAUAAAGAGUUUGUGGAAUGCGGUGAAGUACGAGAAAUUUAUUUUUAGCUUCAGAAACAGCUUGGUGGCCGAGGCCUACAAUCAACUAUCAAUAAAAUACUCAGAACUGGAGUGGAAUUUCCGAAAGAGAAUGCACACGUGGAUUAACGAGGCUGAAAAUGAGAUCUUUAAUCAGCCGGCUUCAGAACUUGAAACUGAAAUUUGGGCUGGCAUUAAAGAGGACAUGUAUCAAGUUUUACAAGAAGAAGAGAAAGUCAUGCUGGAAGCCCUGGAAGAAUACUUUGAGAGCGGGAACAAAUACGUGCACCUUGUAGAGAGAUACAGGGAAGAUUUCUUUAGGAGUGCAACAACCCUUAAGAAUGAAGUUGAAGACAAUUUAACUGUCAAAUGUGAAGAAGCGAUCCGCAUACAGAAAGGAAGACAUGAAAUACAGUUUGUUCAGAACAGCUAUCUGAGGAUCAUUGAAGAGAAAGCCACCAGCCUCUUGGACAACUGCAAAAAUGCAAAACAUCAGCUUAGCAACGAGGAACUAAAAUCUGAGUUUGAGGUCAUGUGGAAUAAAACAAUAUCCGUGUUACAGUUUAGCAGUUUAAAAAAGCACAACAUCAGCCAAGAAAUGAUCGACCAACUCAGGAAAGACAUGAGGCACAAAGCGGGUUACAUUAAUGAAAAGCUGAAUGAAGUAAAAAAUUUAGAUGACUAUGGACAAAACGGGCUGGACUUGGAUAAGAAAUACACUCAGAGCAGUUGGUAUGAAAACAUGCCGGAAGUGAAAAAUGAGGAAUACUGGAAUAAGGUGAGCAGUCUUGUGACUUCUUUGAAAGAGCAGUGCAAUCGCUACGUAACAGAGCAAGUAAACACAAUGAAAGAUUACGAUCAAACAUAUUGCCAAGAACUUCUAAAUGUUGUUAACGAAAGACUCAAUGAGGAGGUGGUCAGGAGUCUUCAUCUCACGCCAUUGUUCGAGCUGGAUCUGAAGCUUCUCCUACUGGGUCAGGCUGCCCCGGUCUUCCAGAAGAAGCACAAUAUUUUUUUCCAGGAAAAUAAUAUGAAGUCCUACCUUGAUAAAAUAAAACCUCAGUACUUCUCCACAUUUAAGAAUGUCUACCAAAAGAAAGACGAGUCUAAAGUCAGAGCCCAGAGAUUCUGUGAGGUGUGCCUAAAGCCGGCUCUUACAGACUAUGUGUUCAAACAUUUGGGUGGUGAAAUUGUGAACGACGUACUAACCAGCAGAGAUUCGAUCAGGUACAGCAGUAGAACCUUCUUCCAAUACACUUUGCUCGAAGAGCUUUUGGAAGACCACGAUUUCACCCGUUACAUAAAAUACAACAGUCAAUACGAGAUCUUUGUAAAAAACUGGAUAGUCAAAUUUAUUACCAACAAAUACAAGGAUUCCACCUCCCUUGAAACGUUAAAGUCAAAUAUUCUUGCCUGCGUCAUGAAAAAGGUAAGGCAAACCCUAAAGGAUCCAAGAGUACGAGAAACACCUAAUGUUUCCCAGUGCUUAAAAACAUUUUGCGCAAUAUUAAAGAAAGAUUUGGUCAUUGUGCAGAACGAGAUGAAAGUAAUUACGUUUCAGAACAAUGCGAGUCCUGUCCAGUUUUCGGUUGACAUUGGAGAGUUCCUGGAAGGUGCCGAGAAAGAAAUUAUCACCGAAAUCAAACACUUCACUAUUGAGUAUGUGCUGAACAAGAAAACCUUUAAACCACAAGAUGUAUUGUUUAUGAAGGUCUUUGGAUGUGGUAAGCAGUGUCCAUUCUGUAAAGCCCCCUGUGAGGCCGGGGCCGCUAAUCACAAGGAGCACUUUGCAUCGGUCCAUCGGCCUCAAGGUUUAGGAACGUACCGCUGUACAGAAUCCAAAGCUCUCUCGCAUUCGAUAUGCACCACCGAUGUGGUCGGAAACACGACGUUCCUAAAUUCAGACACUGACUGGAAGCCAUGUCUUUACAAAGAAUACCGCAAAAUUUAUCCCGAUUGGACAAUACAGCCCGAUGCCACCAUUGGAGCCUCCAAUUACUGGAAAUAUGUCUUCAAGGAGUUUAUUAAACAGUUUUCAGAUUACUACAAUGGAAAGCCAGCUACCCUACCAGAGGACUGGUAUAAAAUCACCAAAGAACAAGCUCUUCAAAACCUAAAGGAAUCUUUCAAUAUGAACUAAAUUGCAUAUUAUCUGAUUGUAGGUUCCAAUGAAACACAGGACAAAUAACAUGGGACUAAAUAAACAAAGUAAAGAAGAGCCUAUCAGGUCAAGUAGGUUCUUUUUUCAUCCUGGCAAUUCGUAAGUACACAGGUCAAUCUGGACUGUAAGACCCCGUGGCUGCUCGUAGCCUGGUACGCUAGUGAAGGUGAAUAAUUCUAGGCCAUCAGUCUCACUGCAGUUUAAUUACACACACCAGUCAUUCAACGAGAAAUAAUUCACACCCUACUAAUACCCAACCACAGUUUACAGCAUAGGAAUGAUAUCUUGAGGAGAAAGUGGCAAGAGGUUGCGGUACCCGACUCUGGAAGCCGUGAAAUAUCGGCGGUGAUAAAACGACAUAAAACUCAAAUUAAAUAGAACACGUGGACAGAAAAUGUGAAUUGUGUGGAAAAAUGUCAACCCUACAACCACCAGCUUCUAUGAACAAUUCUGAGAUGUUAUAUAUUCCUUGUAUGUGACAUACUAAUGGUCGUGGUUGCACAGUGCUCAAACUCUUCACUCAAAAAAAAAAAAUCAAAAGCGAAUAGGAACAUCCAAACUGAAGCCUGAGUCUAGAGAUAUGGCAAGAGGAUCUUGCUGUUUUAGGUUUUCUAAGACAUAAUGAAAGUGAAACAAAAACAAUCUUUUUGUGGACUGAUCCUUUAAAGAUGAUGUAAUUUAUCAAAAAAAUAUUUUAAUAUUUUUUUAAAAAUAUGCUCUGUAACACUGAGUGAGGUCAGACAAUAAGUCUAAUACAUAAGUGUAUUCAAGGCAACGCCCCCCAAUAUCUAUGCGAAAAAAUAAAAGCCCAUAACCCCAAUCGCA